ACUCCACACAAUCCUGUUUAGCUUUUGGCAUAUCGCCCUCAUGAUGUGUUUAAUACUUGGCCAACAUAUUAUUUUGCCACAACAAUCCCAUGCCAGAGGCAACCAACAGAAGGUCCAUAACCGAGACACUUCACCCAAUCCUCAGUAUAUCAUGCUAGUGGUCCAUCUUUUCUAAAUUCCUGGAAUGAAAACACCAUUUUAAUUAUCGUUCCAAUCUUGUCCUUCAAAUGCCUAGAAAACACCAUCAGUAUUAGCAUAUUGGUCGAUAAUGGAUCUUCCAUCAGCUCCACCAACAUCAACACCAGGGCUAUCCCAUCUCGCGUCCCACAUUCCCGUUGCCUAUCUAUCCCCUACCCUCCUUUCUAUCAGAUUUCGUCUCUGCAAGUUCUGCACUGGAUGGAACUCAGGUUGUCUGCCACUUUAGCUUCCGUGUUCAGUUAAGACCAAGAAAUAUUCCCUUCUUAACCUUUCAUAUCUUUUCUACUAACAUCCUUAUUGACAUAUUAGCUGCAUAAAGCUUCCAAAUACAUUCAUGCAUAUUGGAAAUCGCAACUUCCUUCAAAGGGAAAACCAGAAGGAAAGAAAACCCAUCUCGGGACGGCCUUAUGUUUAUGUAUAUAUAUAUCUUCCCCUCCUAGACUUACUAUGAGUGAAAUUCCUAACGUACUCUAACUGUAUCAUAGAGGGUCUUACUUCUCAAAACCCAAAAUGCCGUUUUCACGUUCAAAAAGCUUCCUAAGUUGCUUCUGCAUGGAGGAGCUUCACAUGAGCACAGGAACCCACAGUGGCUUCUUCUCUAGUGAUCUUCUUCCAUCCCUAGGUGCUAGGAUCAAUCAAGCAACAAAACUCCGAAGGCACAUAGUUUCCCCAUUUGAUCCACAUUACAGGGCUUGGGAGAUGUUUCUAAUUCUCCUGGUCAUCUAUUCAGCUUGGAUUUCUCCGUUUGAGUUUGCAUUUCUAAAUUACAAGCAAGAUGUUCUGUUCAUCUUUGACAACAUCGUCAACAGCUUUUUUGCAGUUGAUAUUGUUCUCACAUUCUUCGUGGCAUAUCUUGAUAGUCAGUCAUAUCUUCUUAUUGAUAAUCCCAAAAGAAUAGCAAUAAGGUAUGUAUCGACCUGGUUCACUUUUGAUGUCUGCUCAACACUACCAUUUCAAUCUCUCAGCCUGCUAUUCACAGAUCAUACUGGUGGACUAGGCUUUAAAUUGCUAAGCAUGCUACGUCUUUGGCGUCUCAGACGCGUGAGCUCUCUGUUUACAAGGCUUGAAAAGGACAUCCGAUUUAACUACUUUUGGACUCGUUGCACCAAACUCAUAGCUGUAACUUUGUUUGCUGUACAUUGUGCCGGGUGCUUCAACUAUAUGAUUGCAGACAGAUACCCUGACCCAAAAAGAACCUGGAUUGGUGCGGCCUACUCUAAUUUCAAGCAAAUGGGACUUUGGGACAGAUAUGUAGCGGCACUGUAUUGGUCAAUUGUAACACUAACUACAACAGGUUAUGGGGAUUUACAUGCUGAAAACCCAAGAGAGAUGCUCUUUUAUAUUUUUUACAUGCUAUUCAACCUCGGAUUGACAUCUUACCUCAUCGGAAACAUGACAAACCUUGUAGUUCAGUGGACCUGCCGCACCAGAAAUUUUCGAGACUCUGUUACUUCUGCUUCAGAAUUCGCAAAAAGGAAUCAUUUGCCCCCAGAUAUUCAAGAGCAAAUUUUGUCCUAUAUUUGUCUCAAAUUCAAGACAGAAGAAUUGGAGCAGCAAGAGACCUUGAACGGGUUGCCGAGAGCCAUUCGUUGCAGCAUUGUAAACUAUCUGUUUUACCCUAUUGUUCAAAAUGUCCCUCUAUUCCAUGGGGUUUCCAGUGACUUUCUUUUCCAGCUGGUCACAGAAAUGGAAGCUGAGUACUACGCUCCCAGACAAGAAGUGAUUCUGCAGAAUGAGGCUCCAACAAAUACAUAUAUAUUGGUCUCUGGAGCAGUGGAUUUUAUGGGAAAGGUUAAUGGGCAGGAUCGAAUCAUCGGAAAGGCUUCCACAGGGGAAAUUUUUGGAGAAAUAGGUGUUCUAUGUGGAAAGCCUCAGCCAUUUGGUGUUCGAACGACAGAAGUUUCUCAAAUACUACGGCUAAACAAGACCACAUUUCUAAACAUUAUUCGAGCAAACCCAGAAGAUGAACACAUUGUUAUGAACAAUCUUUUCCAGAAACUGAAAGUAUGGAGAAGUUACGACAUUGAGGGCCAACAGGAUCCAAGUCUUAUCGUCAAAAAUUGGCUUGGUAGAGAACCUCAAAGAGAAUGCGAUAGUCACACUGAAGAUCAUGAUAAUCUCUAUGGUGACUCAUUGGACCAGAAACCAACUAAAGAUGUGUCCGGUUCAAGAUUUACGGUAACAAACCAAUCAGGAACUGAAGUAGAUGCCAAUUCAUCUGCUGAGGAUGGGGAAAGUGAUCUUCAGACUGCUGUUCGCAAGGGCCAUCUUGAAAUGGUCAGGAUUUUUCUAGAAGGACGAAAUGUGAAUAAACCAAAUGAGAGAUGUCAGCUAACAGAAGAGCUAGAAGAUCACCAGGCAAACAAGGGCAUAUAUGACCUCAUGCUGAAUUAUGAAAAUGAAAAGAAAUUAGUUGGAACCAGCAAUUCUGGCACCAAUUGUUACAAAAAAGAUGCAAAACCCAGCUCAAGCAGUUCUAAGUAUCCAACUGGUGUCGAAGCAAUUAAACCAGUGAAGAGAGUCACCAUUCACAUGAAUUUUCAAAAGCCGAAUGAUACCAGGAAGCAGCUCGCUAAGCUAAUAAUUCUACCUGAUUCACUAGAAGAGCUACUGAAAAUAGCAGGUCAAAAAUUUGGAGACGAUAAUCCUACAAAAGUAUUAAAUGCAGAGAAUGCAGAAAUAGAUGACUUAAGUGUCAUACGAGAUGGUGAUCAUUUGUUUCUUGUGCCAAACCUGUGUGAAGAUAUAUCGUGGGGCGGAUUGAGUGGUAUCGAAGACUAUAGACAUGCAUAAAGCUAAGCAAUUCAAAGGAUAUUCUAACAAAGUCAACCAUAAUAAUAAGAGGAAAACAGGCAAUACAAAGCUGCAUGGUUGUGACAACCUGCAGGACAUGUAAACUCGUAUCUGAUUGUGUCUGUUCCCCAUGACUACCAAUAUGAAAGAUUCUAUCUACUAAUUUCCUGUACACCAGAAAGUAAUGCAUGCAAAAUAGAAAGAAAACACAGCGAGCAGAAUUACUCGUAACAGGAGGUCAAUAAAAUACAUCUUCUUUC